UCUAUCCUGUCCUUUUGGUCUCAUUUGGGUUCUGAGAACUGCCUGUCAUGGGAGAGGGAAGGGGGCAGAAGGUGUGCCCGGGGAGAGGCUGGGUUUUGGCUGAGGUGUCUCCUGAGCCAUAGUCCACACGGAGAAGUCCCUGAGCUUGGUCUCUCUUGGGGCUUCAGGGGCUGAGGGGAAAGUGAUGCUGGUGGGCCUCUCUAAGCAGCCUCGUGCUCUCUUCUCCUUCUUUUGUCUUUUUUUCGUCAUGGUGGGCCAAGAGACUCCCCUCACUCACCCCUGUGCCCUGCCUCCCCCGCCCUCUGUCCCAGGUGCAGCUCCAGCCCCAGACAUGUCCUGCUACACCCCGUGCCGGCCCUGCCAGCCCUGCGGCCCGACCCCGCUGGCCAACAGCUGCAAUGAGCCCUGUGUCAGGCAGUGCCAGGACUCGAAUGUCUUCAUCCAGCCCUCCCCCGUGGUGGUGACCCUGCCCGGGCCCAUCCUCAGCUCCUUCCCACAGAACACCGCCGUGGGAUCCUCCACCUCCGCUGCCGUUGGCAGCAUCCUCAGCUCUCAGGGAGUACCCAUCAACUCCGGGGGCUUUGGCCUCUCUGGCCUGGGCAGUGGCCUCUGUGGCAGGAGCUGCUUCCCCUGCUGAAGCUGCUGGCCCUGGCCCUGCAAGGAACCCAGGGACACACAGGAUGGUACAAACCCAGGG